UCAGCUGAUCAGAACACCUCGAUUUUUUGGAGCUCAUCGACAAAGUUGAGCGCUGCCUCUGUGCGCAUCGCCAUCGACAACAGCACUCGCGCAAACUUGCGCAUCACGGUAAGGGCCAGCCAGCCGCCCUACUCGCAGCUUUACGCGCAAUUUAAACGCGCGCAUCACGCUCUCCGACAACCACAGCACACUUUUGCAAUGAGACUCGCGCGCGUACUAUCAACCAGCACUCGCAAGGCCGGGCACACGCCGCGGUUGCCGCCGCCAACGCGCGACGUUGCCGCCGAGGUGCCACGACCGCGUUUGCACGACACUUCAAGCCUCGUUGCCCGCGAGAACGCGGCCAGAAUUCGAUUUCCGCAACGCGACGCCACCGCCGCCGCGCGCGAAGGACGAGACGACUGCGCACCGCUGCGCGCGCCGCGCAACCGCCGCGACGCCGCCGCGGCGCCCCACAAACACUUACUAACACAGGUCGCCGCGCUCGAAGCCAAGUGGCAGGAGCCCCGCUGGAAGGGCGUCGAACGACCCUAUUCCGCCCAAGAUGUGGUAGCCAUGCGCGGCACUUUACAAGGAGAAGCGCCGUACCAGGACGCGACGGCCCAGAAGUUGUUUGAGACCUUGGACCUGUGCGCCAACACGGGCGGCCACUCGCGCACGUAUGGCGCCCUCGACCCCGUCCAGGCCGCAACCAUGGCGCCCAAGCUCACGUCCAUCUAUGUGAGCGGCUGGCAGUGCUCGUCGACGUCGUCCUCGAGCAACGAGCCCGGUCCUGAUUUCGCGGACUAUCCUUAUGAUACGGUGCCCAAGAAGGUCGACCAAUUGUUCAAGGCCCUGAAGCACCACGACCGCCGGGCUUUUUCGAGCGGGCAAGACGUCGAUUACUUGACGCCGAUUGUUGCUGAUGGUGAUACCGGCCACGGUGGAUUAACCGCGGUCAUGAAGCUCACGCAGCUCAUGGUCGAGGCCGGGGCCGCGGGCGUGCACUUCGAGGACCAGUCGGUGUUCCGUGUCGUGAUUGGGCUUCGAUUGUUGGGGCGACGGCGUCGCGGCGCCGUCGACGCUAUCAAUGCGCGCUUGCGAGGCACGCCAUCGCCGCGACUCACGCUACUUUACACAGGUCCCCGGGCACGAAGAAGUGCGGCCACAUGGGCGGCAAGGUCCUCGUGCCCAUGCGCGAGCACGCCGACCGCCUCAACGCCGCACGCCUCCAGUGCGACGUGAUGGGCUCCUCGACCCUCAUUAUUGCCAGAACGGACGCCGAGGCCGCGACGUUCCUCACGUCGACGAUCGACGCCCGGGACCACCCCUUCAUCCUCGGCGCGACCAAGCAGCUCGAGUGCACCUUCGACGAGCACGUCGCCAACGAGAAGGCCCAGGGCCGCUGCGGCGAUCAAGCCGGCGCGACCUGGAUCGAGAGCGCCCAGCUCAAGACGUUCCCGGAGUUAGUGCGAGAUGCCUUGCUGGACGCUGAUAAGCUUCACUGGGACCUCGUGACGAAGGGCAAGAACUUGCAACAGAUGAAGAUUGAAGCCUCGAAGAUCUUAGGCUUCGAACCCUACUUUGAUUGGGAGGCGCCUCGAGCUAGAGAGGGCUACUACCGCGUCGCGCCGUCGACGGAGUACGCCACGGAGCGCGCCAAGGCCUUCGCGCCCCACUCGGAUCUGCUGUGGAUGGAGACGGCGACGCCGGACGUCGAACAAGCGCGCGACUUCGCCCGGAACGUCCGCGCCGACUUCCCGGACCAGAUGCUCGCCUACAACCUGUCGCCGUCCUUCAACUGGGACGCGCCCGGCGUCUUCAACAACGAUGAAGAAAUCGAGGCCUUCACCGACGACCUCGCGAAGGCGGGCUACGUCUGGCAGUUCACGACGCUCGCGGGCUUCCACACGAACGGUUUAGCGACGGAGAAGUACGUGCGCCGCUUCGCCGAUGUGGGCAUGAAGGCCUACGUCGAAGAUGUGCAAAGAGAGGAGAAGGCCAUCGGCGCUUCGAUACUAAAACACCAGACCUGGUCCGGCGCGGAACUCAUGGACCGCAUGCAGGCCGUCGCCACCGGCGGCGGCGCGUCGACGGCGUCCAUGGGCGCCGGCGUCACGGAAGACCAGUUCGAGAUCCUGCCGCCGUCGGACUUCGUCGUCGACACGAACAACGAACCGCUGUCGCGCUUCGAGCACCGCUUGAUGCUCGAGGCGCGCGCCGCGGCCAAGGCCGUCGAGCCGCGCACGGGCGCGGCGCUCUAGACCACAAGAAGACCACGAUCCCCUUUCCCCCUUUCCCCGCACUGUGCCUCCUCCCGACCCAAGACCUUGUCGUUGUGUUGCCCCACGUGUGUGCUGUACUACUACGCCGGGCGGAGUUUCCCGACCCGCGGGCCGGCAGCGGUCCCAGAGUUAACGUGCUAAUAAUAGUGAUUCGAU